CAACAUGGCGACGGGAAAAGGACAGCUUGGAAAAGGAAGCGGGGAAGCAGAUGCGCAUGCGCAGUGGCUGGCCCCGGGUCCCUGUAAAGAUGUCUGAGCAGGAGGGGAGGGAGCGAAGCGGAGGACCCGAAACAAAAGCGCAGAACCCGCAAUUCUCCGCAACUUAACUGGUCAAGGGGGAAGUAAAACCAGAAAGCUCAGUGACACCAGGACCCUGAUCCACCAGAAAAAAUUCAAGUAAAAAGGUUCCAACACACAAACAGGCCAACAGGUGAUCUACCUGAUUUAAGUAGCCGUCCGUGGCGACUACACUUCAAAUGCGUCAAAGGAAAAAAUAAACGUGAAGGGGUCAAAAGGGGUCCAGGGAUGAUGCGUGUGUCUUGGAGUCAGUGUAUCAACACAUUUGAUAGUCAGUCUCUGAUUUAUGAGACCUGUAGAUAAGUGUUGCGAUGACAGUAUUAUUGAGAUUGUUCUGUUUGUCCACCAUUUCUACAGUGAGAGCAGUCGUUUGUGCAUAAGCUGUUUAUUUUAAAGUUGUGUGACCUUUGAAAAAAAGUCGCACCUUCAAUAAAUUUGGUCGCAAAAUGAGAUGUGCAUGUCAAGUGAAGCCAGUAAUUUCCUCACUGUGUAUUAUUUGUCAGAGGUUUGGACCAUAGAUUCCCCUUCUCCAUGGUGCUUCUGUGGGCUCCUCUGUGCAUAUACUGUACACCAAGUGCUUCCAGCACGCAAGCCACCAUGUGCCUAGUACAGACACAAGUGCGAGUCUUGCGCUCACAGUAACAUCAGUAUAAAUGAUCCUGGCCCUAACCAUAAUCCUUACCCACAGUCAGUCACUAUUCAUCAGAGUUCAUACAGAUCUCAGGUCAGGCAGAUCGAUGUCAUUCUGACGAGCUGAGAUGUCCAAUGACAGCCAGGGGUCAGUGAAGGGGGAGGCAGCCAUGGUGCUGCCUACCCCUGGCUCUGUCACCUCUCAGGGACCACCUCUCUCUCCUUCCACCACCUCCAAACCACCUGAGCUCCCAGAUGAGCUGGUCCAGGCAGGCUGGUCUAAGUGCUGGUCUCGGCGGGAGAACCGACCCUAUUAUUUCAACAGAUUCACCAAUCAGAGCCUGUGGGAGGUGCCAGUGCUGGGUCAGCACGAUGUCAUCUCUGACCCUUUAGGUCUGAAUGCGGCCCCGGCAGAGGGUGGAGACAGCAACCUUGGUAACGGUCAGAGGAAGAGGAGGAGUUCUGAAGAGCAGUCGGUGGGGCCUAAUAGCUUCAAACGAACUAAGGUGGAACCCACUACGCCCAUCUCUCCCAGUACCCCUGGGAUCAAACCUUGGAGCUCUGCCCCUGAGGACAAACAGGCCCAAUCAGCAACACCGACAACCCCGAGCCCUGCCCCCGCCCCAUAUAGACCAGCAGUUGUUUACUGGGAUUUGGAUGUCCAGACCAAUGCAGUGAUUAGGGAGCACCCCCCAGCCAACCACCUGCCCCCCCACCCUGAGAUUGAGCUGCAGAGAGCUCAGUUGGUCACCAAACUGAGGCAACACUAUCAUGAGCUGUGUCACCAGAGAGAAGGUAUUGAUCCGCCCCGGGAGUCAUUCAACCGUUGGCUACUGGAGAGGAAAGUGAUAGACAAAGGUCAUGACCCUUUACUACCAAGUGACUGUGAUCCCGUCGUCUCCCCAUCCAUGUUCAGAGAGGUCAUGAACGACAUCCCAAUCAGGUUGUCUCGUAUUAAGUACAAAGAGGAGGCCCGGAAGCUGCUGUUUAAAUAUGCUGAAGCCGCCAAGAAGAUGAUUGACUCCAGGAAUGCGAGUCCAGAGAGUAGGAAGGUUGUAAAGUGGAAUGCUGAAGACACCAUGAGCUGGCUACGCCGAGAUCACUCCGCCAGCAAGGAGGACUACAUGGACCGCCUGGAACACCUGAGGCAGCAGUGUGGUCCUCAUGUCACUGCCGUCGCCAAAGACUCUGUAGAAGGAAUCUGCUCCAAAAUCUACCAGCUGUCUGCAGAGUACAGCCGUCGCCUGAGACAGACGCACCUGAGCCUGCUGCAGGACCCGGCCACAGAGGCGUGCGCAUCGCCGCAGCAGUCCCGGCUGGUCUACUGCUACCCAGUGCGUCUGGCGAUUCCCUCACCACCCCUCCCUCGUGUGGAACUGCACUUUGAAAACGACAUGGCAUGUCUACGCUUCAAGGGGGAGAUGGUCAAAAUCAACCGAGGCCACUUCAGCAAACUGGAGCUGCUGUACAGGUACAGCUGUAUAGAUGAUCCUCGCUUUGAGAAGUUCCUGUCCAGAGUCUGGUGUCUCCUCAAGAGAUACCAGGUGAUGUUUGGCAGUGGUGCUAAUGAGGGGACAGGCCUCCAGGGGGCGCUGCCAGUGUCUGUGUUUGAGGCUUUGAACCGACAGUUUGGAGUUUCUUUUGAGUGUUUUGCCUCGCCACUCAACUGCUACUUUAAACAGUUCUGCUCAGCGUUCCCAGACAUCGAUGGAUUCUUUGGAUCCAGAGGGCCGUUCCUGUCUUUCUGUCCAGUCAGUGGCUCGUUUGAAGCCAACCCUCCGUUUUGUGAAGAGCUGAUGGACACCAUGGUGACGCACUUCGAGGAGCUGUUGGAUCAGUCCUCUGAGCCGCUGUCCUUCAUCAUCUUCGUCCCCGAGUGGCGUGACCCUGUAACCCCAGCUCUGACCCGCAUGGAGGGAAAUCGGUUCCUCCGUCACCAGCUGAGCAUCCCAGCCUACGAGCAUGAGUAUCGCUCGGGGAGCCAGCACAUCUGCAAGAGAGAUGAAAUGUACUACCGGGCGGUGCAUGGUACAGCAGUACUCUUCCUUCAGAAUGACGCAGGUUUUGCAAAGUGGGCUCCAACUCCGGAGCGUCUGGCCGAGGUAAUGGCAGCAUACCGCCCCUCCUCCACCCGCACUUCCUCCCUAUCCUCUCCUGGCCCCGCCCACAUCACCCCAGGAGAGAGAGAGAUUGCCCCCAGGACCUCUGAAAGGAUGCAGAGUGGUGUGAUGUCACCAGGUGACCAUGACAACAACAACAACAGCAGCAGCAGCAGCAGCAGCAGCACCAGUCCUCAAAACAAGAUGGCUGCAGUGUAGAGAGGCUGGCCUUAGAGUGUGACCACGCCCCCUCACCUGUUGCAAAGUUUAACACUUUUCUGUUUUAUGGCCUGCAUUUGUUCUGAUCAUUAUGUCUUCAGGUUUGUCUCACCAGUACCUGUAGCACAUCCUCAGUUUCUCUCAGCAUACCCACAGCUCUGUUCUGUCACCACCAUUGUUGGGGUUCCUUAGUCCCCACACAUGUCAGUGAGCAGUCAUGUUUUGGAACAAUAAAAACCUCAUCUUUGA